AUGGACCACUCCUUCAGCGGUGCCCCCCGCUUCCUGACGCGGCCCAAGGCUUUCGUGGUGUCCGUGGGCAAGGAUGCCACGCUGAGCUGUCAGAUAGUGGGCAACCCCCGGCCUCACGUGAGCUGGGAGAAGGACAAGGAGCCCGUGGAGGCCGGAGCGCGCUUCCGCCUGGCCCAGGACGGAGACAUGUACCGCCUCACCAUCCUGGACCUGGCGCUGGGCGACAGCGGGCAGUACGUGUGCCGAGCGCGGAACGCCAUCGGCGAGGCCUUCGCGGCCGUGGGCCUGCGGGUGGACGCGGACGCCACGCUCGCGGAGCAGGCGCCCCACUUUCUGCUGCGGCCCACCUCCAUCCGCGUGCGCGAGGGCGCCGACGCCACCUUCCGCUGCCGCGUGCGUGGCUCUCCGCCGCCAGCAGUGAGCUGGUCCAAAGACGGGCGGCGCCUCGGGGCACCGGACGCGCCCCGCGUGCGCGUGGAGGAGCACGGCGAGGCGAGCGCGCUUCGCAUCCGGGCGGCGCGGCCGCGCGACGGGGGCACCUACGAGGUGCGCGCCGAGAACCCGCUGGGCACGGCGAGCGCCGCCGCCGCGCUCGUGGUGGACUCGGACUCCUCCUCCUCCUCGGCCGAGGCUGCCGGGCCGCCCGGGGCCUCCACGGCCGCGCUCCUGGCGCACCUGCAGCAGCGGCGCGAGGCCAUGCGCGCCGAGGGCAUCCCCGCCUCGCCACCCGGGGCCGCCACGCGCACCUGCACCGUGACCGAGGGCAAGCACGCGCGCCUCAGCUGCUAUGUGACCGGAGAGCCCAAGCCAGAGACCGUGUGGAAGAAGGACGGGCAGCUGGUGACCGAGGGCCGGCGACACGUGGUGUACGAGGACGAGCAGGAGAACUUCGUCCUCAAGAUCCUGUUCUGCAAGCAGUCGGACCGCGGCCUCUACACGUGCACGGCCUCCAACCUCGUGGGCCAGACGUACAGCUCCGUGCUGGUGGUCGUGCGAGAGCCCGCGGUGCCCUUCAAGAAGAGGCUGCAGGACCUCGAGGUCCGGGAGAAGGAGUCGGCCACGUUCCAGUGCGAGGUGGCGCAGGCGGCCACCGAGGCCGCGUGGUUCAAGGAGGAGACGCGGCUGUGGGCGAGCGCCAAGUAUGGCAUCGAGGAGGAGGGCACCGAGCGCCGGCUGACGGUGCGCGACGUCUCCGCCGACGACGACGCGGUGUACAUCUGCGAGACCUCGGAGGGGAGCCGAACCGUGGCAGAGCUGGCGGUCCAAGGGAACUUGACCAGAAAGCUGCCUCGGAAGACCGCGGUGCGGGCUGGGGACACAGCCAUCUUUUGGGUGGAGCUGGCUGUCCCUGAGGGUCCUGUCCGCUGGCUGCGGAACCAGGAGGAGAUGGUGGCUGGGGGCCGGGUAGCCAUCUCUGUAGAAGGCACGUGCCACACUCUGACCAUCUUCCAGUGCACCUUGGAGGAUGUGGGUGAGGUGGCCUUUGUGGCUGGUGGCUGCCGGACAACCACUCAGUUCUGCGUGUCAGCCCCCAGGAGACCACCCUUGUACCCCCCUGCUGACCCUGUGGUAAAGGCCAGGACAGAGAAUUCUGUGACCCUCAGCUGGUCCCCACCACCCCACGGGGACCACCCCGUUACCAUUGAUGGUUACGUAGUAGAGAAAAGGCGCCUUGGUGCUUAUGCCUGGAGCCGGUGCCACGAGGCUGAAUGGGUGGCUACGCAGGAGUAUACUGUCGCUGGUGUGACUGAAGAGGGAGACUUCCAGUUCCGGGUGUCAGCCAUCAACCGCUUUGGCCAGAGUCCCUACUUUGAAUUCCCAGGGACCAUCCACUUGGUCCCCCAGCUGGCUGUGAAGACACCUCUGAAGGCAGUGGAGGCCAUAGAGGGUGGCGAGGUCACCUUCUCCGUGGAUCUCACAGUGGCCUCUUCGGGCCAGUGGUUCCUGGAUGGAGAGGCCUUGAAGGCCAGCAGAGUGUAUGUGAUCCAUCAUGACCGCACCCGGCACACGCUCACUAUCCGAGAAGUGCCUGCCAGCUUGCAUGGGGCACAACUGAAGUUCGUGGCUGAUGGAAUUGAAAGCAGUAUCCGGAUGGAGGUGCGAGGGCGGACUACCAACAAGCCACCAGCUGUGGCUGCACGGGAGGUGCGAGCCCGGCUGCACGAGGAGGCGCAGCUGCUGGCAGAGCUGUCAGACCAGGCUGCGGCUGUGACAUGGCUGAAGGAUGGUCGAGAGCUGCCACCAGGCCCCAAGUACGAGGUGCAGACGUCAGCUGGGCAGCGGGCACUGCUGGUGCAUGAUGUGGUACAGGACGAUGCUGGUCUUUAUGAGUGCAUCAGUCGUGGGCGUCGCAUUGCCUACCAGUUGUUGGUGCAAGAACCCAACGUGGUGUUUGCCAAGGGGCAGCCAGCACGCAGUGAGGUGAAGGCAGAGGCUGGGGCCAGCGCCAUGCUGAGCUGUGAGGUGGCCCAGGCCCAGACGGAGGUGACGUGGUUCAAGGAUGGGAAGAAGCUGAGUUCGAGCUCGAAGGUGCGCGUGGAGGCCUCGGGGUGCACGCGGCGGCUGGUGGUGCAGCAGGCGGGCAAAGUGGACGCCGGGGAGUACAGCUGCGAGGCCGCAGGCCAGAAGGUCGCCUUCCAUCUUGACAUUGAUGAGUCCAAGAUGGUGUUUGCCAAGGGGCAGCCAGCACGCAGCGAGGUGAAGGCAGAGGCUGGGGCCAGCGCCACGCUGAGCUGCGAGGUGGCCCAGGCCCAGACAGAGGUGACGUGGUUGAAGGACGGGAAGAAGCUGAGCUCGAGCUCGAAGGUGUGCGUGGAGGCCUCGGGGUGCACGCGGCGGCUGGUGGUGCAGCAGGCGGGCAAGGCGGACGCCGGGGAGUACAGCUGCGAGGCCGCGGGCCAGAAGGUCGCCUUCCGCCUGACCAUCCCAGAGCCCAAGGAGGUGUUUGCCAAGGGGCAGCCAGCACGCAAUGAGGUGAAGGCAGAGGCUGGGGCCAGCGCCACGCUGAGCUGCGAGGUGGCCCAGGCCCAGACGGAGGUGACGUGGUUCAAGGACGGGAAGAAGCUGAGCUCGAGCUCGAAGGUGCGCGUGGAGGCCUCGGGGUGCACGCGGCGGCUGGUGGUGCAGCAGGCGGGCAAGGCGGACGCCGGGGAGUACAGCUGCGAGGCCGCGGGCCAGAAGGUCGCCUUCCGCCUGGAUGUGCUAGAGCCCAAGGUGGUGUUUGCCAAGGAGCAGCCAGCAUGCAGCGAGGUGAAGGCAGAGGCUGGGGCCAGCGCCACGCUGAGCUGCGAGGUGGCCCAGGCCCAGACGGAGGUGACGUGGUUCAAGGACGGGAAGAAGCUGAGCUCGAGCUCGAAGGUGCGCGUGGAGGCCUCGGGGUGCACGCGGCGGCUGGUGGUGCAGCAGGCGGGCAAGGAGGACGCCGGGGAGUACAGCUGCGAGGCCGCGGGCCAGAAGGUCUCCUUCCGCCUGGAUGUUACAGAGCCCAAGAUGGUGUUUGCCAAGGAGCAGCCAGCAUGCAGCGAGGUGAAGGCAGAGGCUGGGGCCAGCGCCACGCUGAGCUGUGAGGUGGCCCAGGCCCAGACGGAGGUGACGUGGUUCAAGGACGGGAAGAAGCUGAGCUCGAGCUCGAAGGUGCGCGUGGAGGCCUCGGGGUGCACGCGGCGGCUGGUGGUGCAGCAGGCGGGCAAGGCGGACGCCGGGGAGUACAACUGCGAGGCCGUGGGCCAGAAGGUUGCCUUCCGCCUGGAUGUCACAGAGCCCAAGGUGGUGUUUGCCAAGGAGCAGCCAGCACGCAGCGAGGUGAAGGCAGAGGCUGGGGCCAGCGCCACGCUGAGCUGCGAGGUGGCCCAGGCCCAGACGGAGGUGACGUGGUUGAAGGACGGGAAGAAGCUGAGCUCGAGCUCGAAGGUGCGCGUGGAGGCCUCGGGGUGCACGCGGCGGCUGGUGGUGCAGCAGGCGGGCAAGGCGGACGCCGGGGAGUACAGCUGCGAGGCUGCGGGCCAGAAGGUCGCCUUCCGCCUGGAUGUCGCAGAGCCCAAGGUGGUGUUUGCCAAGGAGCAGCCAGCAUGCAGCGAGGUGAAGGCAGAGGCUGGGGCCAGCGCCACACUGAGCUGCGAGGUGGCCCAGGCCCAGACGGAGGUGACGUGGUUCAAGGACGGGAAGAAGCUGAGCUCGAGCUCGAAGGUGCGCGUGGAGGCCUCGGGGUGCACGCGGCGGCUGGUGGUGCAGCAGGCGGGCAAGGCGGACGCCGGGGAGUACAGCUGCGAGGCCGCAGGCCAGAAGGUCGCCUUCCGCCUGGAUGUGCCAGAGCCCAAGGUGGUGUUUGCCAAGGAGCAGCCAGCACGCAGUGAGGUGAAGGCAGAGGCUGGGGCCAGUGCCACACUGAGCUGCGAGGUGGCCCAGGCCCAGACGGAGGUGACGUGGUUCAAGGACGGGAAGAAGCUGAGCUCGAGCUCGAAGGUGCGCGUGGAGGCCUCGGGGUGCAUGCGGCGGCUGGUGGUGCAGCAGGCGGGCAAGGCGGACGCCGGGGAGUACAGCUGCGAGGCCGCUGGCCAGAAGGUCUCCUUCCGCCUGGAUGUUACAGAGCCCAAGUUGGUGUUUGCCAAGGAGCAGCCAGCACGCAGCGAGGUGAAGGCAGAGGCUGGGGCCAGCGCCACACUGAGCUGCGAGGUGGCCCAGGCCCAGACGGAGGUGACGUGGUUCAAGGACGGGAAGAAGCUGAGCUCGAGCUCGAAGGUGCGCGUGGAGGCCUCGGGGUGCACGCGGCGGCUGGUGGUGCAGCAGGCGGGCAAGGCGGACGCCGGGGAGUACAGCUGCGAGGCCGCGGGCCAGAAGGUCGCCUUCCGCCUGGAUGUCGCAGAGCCCAAGUUGGUGUUUGCCAAGGAGCAGCCAGCACGCAGCGAGGUGAAGGCAGAGGCUGGGGCCAGCGCCACGCUGAGCUGCGAGGUGGCCCAGGCCCAGACGGAGGUGACGUGGUUCAAGGACGGGAAGAAGCUGAGCUCGAGCUCGAAGGUGCGCGUGGAGGCCUCGGGGUGCACGCGGCGGCUGGUGGUGCAGCAGGCGGGCAAGGCGGACGCCGGGGAGUACAGCUGCGAGGCCGCGGGCCAGAAGGUCGCCUUCCGCCUCAACAUUCCAGAGCCCAAGGUGGUGUUUGCCAAGGAGCAGCCAGCACGCAGCGAGGUGAAGGCAGAGGCUGGGGCCAGCGCCACGCUGAGCUGCGAGGUGGCCCAGGCCCAGACGGAGGUGACGUGGUUCAAGGACGGGAAGAAGCUGAGCUCGAGCUCGAAGGUGCGCGUGGAGGCCUCGGGGUGCACGCGGCGGCUGGUGGUGCAGCAGGCGGGCAAGGCGGACGCCGGGGAGUACAGCUGCGAGGCCGUGGGCCAGAAGGUCGCCUUCCGCCUGGAUGUCGCAGAGCCCAAGGUGGUGUUUGCCAAGGAGCAGCCAGCACGCAGCGAGGUGAAGGCAGAGGCUGGGGCCAGCGCCACACUGAGCUGCGAGGUGGCCCAGGCCCAGACGGAGGUGACGUGGUUCAAGGACGGGAAGAAGCUGAGCUCGAGCUCGAAGGUGCGCGUGGAGGCCUCGGGGUGCACGCGGCGGCUGGUGGUGCAGCAGGCGGGCAAGGCGGACGCCGGGGAGUACAGCUGCGAGGCCGCGGGCCAGAAGGUCACCUUCCGCCUGGAUGUUGCAGAGCCCAAGGUGGUGUUUGCCAAGGAGCAGCCAGCACGCAGCGAGGUGAAGGCAGAGGCUGGGGCCAGCGCCACACUGAGCUGCGAGGUGGCCCAGGCCCAGACGGAGGUGACGUGGUUCAAGGACGGGAAGAAGCUGAGCUCGAGCUCGAAGGUGCGCGUGGAGGCCUCGGGGUGCACGCGGCGGCUGGUGGUGCAGCAGGCGGGCAAGGCGGACGCCGGGGAAUACAGCUGCGAGGCCGCGGGCCAGAAGGUCGCCUUCCGCCUGGAUGUGCCAGAGCCUGAGCCUGAGCCCCAAGUGCCAGAGAGGUCCAGCCGCAGGGAGCCUCUGGUGGUCAGGGAACAUGAGGACAUCAUCCUGACUGCCGUACUAGCCACUCCCUCUGCGGCUGCUGUGACUUGGCUCAAAGAUGGUGUGGAGAUUCGCCGGAGCAAGCGGCAUGAGAUGACCAGCGUGGAGAAGACACACACCCUGACAGUGCGAGGUGCCCAGGUACUGGACAGUGCCAUCUAUAGCUGCCACGUGGGCACAGAGGGGCAGGACUUCCCGGUGCAGGUGGAAGAAGUGGCUGCCAAGUUCUCUAAGCCCCUGGAACCUAUCACAGGGGAGCUUGGUGGUACCGUGAAGCUGGUCUGCGAGCUGAGCCCGGAGCAGGCAGAGGUGGUCUGGCGCUGCGGGCACACGCAACUGAGGGCGGGUAAGCGUUUCCAGAUGACAUCCAAGGGGCCUGUGCGCACCCUGACCAUGUCUGGCCUGCGAGAGGAGGACGCAGGAGAGUAUGUGUGUGAGAGCCGCAACGACCGCACCAGUGCACAGCUCACCGUCAAAGUGCCCCGAGUGGUCAAGUUUACAUCCGGGCUGAGCACUGUGGUUGCGGAGGAGGGCCGUGAGGCCACCUUCCAGUGUGUUGUCUCUCCCAGCGAUGCUGAAGUCACAUGGCACCGGGAUGGCACCCAGCUGCAGCCCAGUGAGAAGUUUCUCAUGGCAGAGAGUGGUGCCAGCCGCAGCCUGACCAUCGUGGACCUGGUGCUGGAAGACACUGGGCAGAUUACCGUGGAGGCCGAGGGCGCCUCAUCUUCUGCCGCCCUUCGGGUCCGAGAGGCGCCCGUGCUCUUCAAAAGGAAGCUGGAGCCGCAGACGGUGGAGGAGCGGAGCGCCGUGACGCUGGAGGUAGAGCUCACGCGGCCGUGGCCCGAAGUGAAGUGGACGCGAAACGCGGCGGCGCUGGCGCGGGGCGGGAACGUGGAGGUGCUCGCCGAGGGCGCGCGGCACCGCCUGCUGCUGCGCUGCGUGAGCUUCGCCGACCGCGGCUUCUACGGCUGCGAGACGCCCGACGACAAGACGCAGGCCAAGCUCAACGUGGAGAUGCGCCAGGUCCGGCUGGUUAGGGGCUUGCAGGCGGUGGAGGCCAAGGAACAGGGCACUGCCUCCAUGGACGUGGAGUUGUCUCAUGCUGAUGUGGAGGGUAGCUGGACUCGAGAUGGCCUGCGGCUCCAGCCCGGGCCCACGUGCCGCCUGGCUGUGCAAGGCCCUAUCCACAUCCUCACGCUCACAGAGCUGCGGCCACAGGACAGCGGGCUGGUGGCCUUCAGGGCUGAGGGUGUGCACACAUCUGCACGGCUCCUGGUCACUGAGCUGCCUGUGCGCUUCAGUCGACCUCUGCAGGAUGUGGUGGCCACCCAGAAAGAGAAGGUGACCUUGGAAUGUGAGCUCUCGCGUCCUGUGGAUGUGCGCUGGCUGAAGGAUGGUAUGGAGCUGCGGGCAGGCAAGGCCAUGGGUAUAGUGGCCCAGAACACCUGCAGGAGUCUCAUCAUUUACCGGUGUGAGCUUGGGGACCAGGGCAUCUAUGUGUGUGAUGCCUCAGACGCUCAGACUUCCGCCUCCCUGAAGGUGCAAGGAAGGACACACACCCUCAUCUUCCGGAGGGUACUGGCAGAAGAUGCAGGGGAAAUCAAAUUUGUAGCUGAAAAUGCAGAAUCGCGAGCCCACCUCCGAGUGAAAGAACUGCCUGUGACCCUCCUGCGCCCACUACGGGACAAGAUUGCCAUGGAGAAGCACCGUGGGGUACUCGAGUGCCAGGUGUCCCGGGCCAGUGCCCAGGUGCGGUGGUUCAAGGGUGGCAUAGAGCUGCAGCCAGGGCCCAAGUAUGAGGUGGUCAGUGACGGCCUUUACCGAAAGCUGGUCAUCAACGAUGUGCGGCCUGAGGAUGAGGACACCUACACUUGUGAUGCGGGAGAUGUCAAGACCAGCGCCCAGUUCUUUGUGGAAGAACAGUCCAUCACCAUCGUACGGGGCCUGCAGGACGUGACCGUGAUGGAACCUGCCCCUGCCUGGUUCGAGUGUGAGACCUCCAUCCCCUCCGUGAGGCCACCCAAGUGGCUGCUGGGUAAGACUGUGCUGCAGGCGGGGGCAAAUGUGGUGUUGGAGCAAGAUGGCACCGUGCACCGGCUGACGCUGCAGAAGACCUGCUCCACCAUGACCGGCCCGGUGCACUUCACCAUUGGAAAGUCCCGCUCCUCCGCCCACCUGGUUGUCUCAGACAUCCCAGUGGCCCUGACACGGCCGCUGGAGCCCAAGUCAGGGCGCGAGUUGCAGUCGGUGAUCCUGUCCUGUGACUUCAAGCCAGCCCCCAAGGCUGUGCAGUGGUAUAAGGAUGACACUCCUUUGGCUCCGUCAAACAAGUUCAAGAUGACGCUAGAAGGCCACAUGGCAGAGCUGCGCAUCCUUCGGCUCACUCCAGCCGAUGCUGGGAUCUACCGGUGCCAGGCAGGCAAUGCCCAGAGCAGCGCCGAGGUUACCGUGGAAGCUCGAGAUGUGACUGUGACGCAGCCACUGCAGGAUGUGGAAGCCGUGGAGGAGGGCCGUGUCUGCUUCUCGUGCGAGCUGUCCCACCAGGACGAGGACAUCGAGUGGUCACUCAAUGGGACACCCCUGUACAAUGACAGUUUCCAUGAGAUCAGCCACGAGGGCUGUCGACACACUCUAGUGCUGAAGAGUGUCCGGCAGGCAGACGCGGGCACUGUGGCAGCCACCUCCCCCAAGGUGUCCACCUCUGCCCGCCUGGCAGUCAGAGCAAAGCCGGUGGUGUUCCUGAAAGUGCUGGAUGAUGUCGCCGCCGAGGAGCGUGGCACGCUGUCUCUGCAGUGCGAGGUCUCAGACCCUAAGGCCCGUGUGGUUUGGCGCAAAGACGGCGUGGAACUGGGUCCCAGUGACAAGUAUGACUUCCUACACACGACAAGCACACGGGGGCUUGUGGUGCACGACCUGAGCCACGGAGAUGCUGGCCUGUACACCUGCCACGUGGGCAGCCAGGAGACCCGGGCCCAGGUCAGCGUGCACGAUCUGCACGUAGGCAUCACCAAGAGGCUGAAGACAGUGGAGGUGCUGGAAGGAGAGAGCUGCAGUUUUGAGUGCAUUCUGUCUCAUGAGAGUGCAGAUGAGCCAGCUGUAUGGACAGUCAAUGGGAAGACAGUGGGUGCCUCCGGCCGCUUCCGGGCCACACGCCAGGGUCGCAAAUACACCCUGACGGUCCAAGACGCGGUGCUCAGUGAUGCCGGGGAGGUGGUCUUCUCUGUGCAGGGCCUCACCUCCAAGGCCUCACUCAUCAUCAAAGAGAAGCCAGUGGACAUCACAAAGCCACUAGAGGACCGGCGGGCCACCCUAGGAGAGGAAGUGGUGCUGAGCUGCGAGCUGUCGAGAGCAGGCACCCCCGUGCGCUGGCUGAAAGACGGGAAGGUUAUCCGUAAGGGUCCAAAGUACGAUGUGCUCAGCGAAGGCACCCGGGCUGUGCUGGUUGUCCGCAGGGCCUCGCUGAAGGAUUCUGGAGAGUACUCAUGUGAGACGGAGGCUUCCAGGAGCUCAGCCAACCUCCGUGUGGAAGAAAAGGCAAACCGGUUCACAGAGGAGCUGACUGACCUUCAGGCAGAGGAGAAGGGCACUGCUGUGUUCACGUGCAAGACAGAGCACCUAGCCUCUACUGUGACCUGGCGAAAGGGCCUGCUGGAGCUGCGGGCCUCGAGGAAGUAUGCCCCCAGCCAGGAGGGCAUGACUCUGAGGCUCACCAUCAAUGCCCUGGAGAGGACAGACAGUGACACCUAUACCUGUGACAUUGGCCAGGCUCAGUCGCAGGCCCGGCUCCUAGUGCACGGCCAGAAGGUUCGCAUCACCAAGGACCUGGAAGAUGUCAGCGUUCAGGAGGGCUCUUCUGCCACGUUCUGCUGCCGCAUCUCCCCUGUCGACUAUGGGCCUGUGCACUGGUUCCUGGAUAAGACCCCCCUGCACACCAAUGAGCUCAACGAGAUCACUGUCCAGCCUGAUGGCUACCAUGUGCUCACUUUGCGGCAGCUGGCACUCAAGGACUCGGGCACCAUCUACUUCGAGGCGGGUGACCAGCGGACCUCAGCUGCCUUGAGGGUCACUGAGAAGCCAAGCGUCUUCUCUCGGCCGCUCACGGAUGUCACAGUCACAGAAGGCGAGGACCUGACCCUUGCGUGUGAGACUACCACUCCGGACAGCCCUGUGCGCUGGACGAAAGAUGGGAAAACACUGAGGGCAUCUGCAAGGUGCCAGCUGAGCUACGAGGGCUGCCGGGCCCAACUGGUCAUCACUGGUGCCACCCUACAGGACGGCGGGCGAUACAAGUGUGAGGCUGGCGGGGCCACCAGCAGCUCCAUUGUCAGGAUCCAUGCUCAGCCAGUGCGGUUCCGGGAGGCCCUGAAGGACAUGGAGGUGCUGGAGGGCGGGGCUGCCACCCUGCGCUGUGCGCUGUCGUCAGUGGCCGCGCCGGUGGAGUGGCGCCAUGGCGACGAUGUCCUAAGGUCCAGCAGCAAGUACGGCUUGCGCCAAGAGGGUGCCAUACUUGAGCUGGUUGUCCGAGACCUGCAGCCCCGGGACAGUGGGCGGUACUCAUGCUCUUUUGGGGACCAGACCACCACGGCCACGCUCACGGUGAAGGCCCUGUCGGCCCAGUUCAUAGGGAAACUGAGAAACAAGGAGGCCACAGAAGGGGCCACAGCCACACUACGGUGUGAACUGACCAAAGCGGCCCCCGUGGAGUGGAGGAAGGGAGCCGAGACCCUGAAAAACGGAGACAAAUACAGCCUGAGGCAGGACGGGGCCGUGUGUGAGCUGCAGAUCCGUGGCCUGGCCGUGGCCGACGCCGGGGAGUACUCGUGUGUGUGCGGAGAGGAAAAGACCAUGGCCACGCUGACCGUAAAGGCUCUGCCUGCUCACUUCAUUGGAAGGUUGAGAAGCAAGGAGGCCCCAGAGGGGGACACGGCGACGCUGCGCUGCGAGCUGAGCAGGGCGGCCCCCGUGGAGUGGAGGAAAGGGACAGAGACCCUGAGAAACGGAGACAGACACAGCCUGAGGCAGGACGGGGCCGUGUGUGAGCUGCAGAUCCGUGGCCUGGCCGUGGCCGACGCCGGGGAGUACUCGUGCGUGUGCGGAGAGGAAAAGACCAUGGCCACGCUGACCGUGAAGGCCCUACCUGCUAGAUUCACAGCAGGUCUGAAGAACGAAGAAGCCCUGGAAGGUGCCACGGCUACCCUGCGCUGUGAGCUGAGCAAGGCAGCCCCCGUGGAGUGGAGGAAGGGAGCCCAGGCCCUGAGAGCCGGGGACAAAUACCACUUGAGGCAGGACGGGGCCAUGUGUGAGCUGCAAGUCCAGAGCCUGGUCGUGGCCGACGCCGGGGAGUACUCCUGCAUGUGCGGGCAGGAGAAGACUUUAGCUACACUGACCGUCAGGGCCUUGCCUUCCAGAUUUAUAGAAGACCUGGGAACUCUAGAAGGGGCCACGGCUCUGUUACAGUGUGAGCCGAGCCAAGCGGAAUGGAAGAAGGGGGCCGAGACCCCCAGUGAUGGGAAUGAACGCAGCCUGAGGCAGGAUGGGGCCCUGUGUGCGCUGCUGGUCUGUGACCUUGCCGUAGCAGAUGCUGGGGAGUACGCAGCCCUGCCCACCAAGUUCACGGAGGGUCUGAGGAGUGAGGAGGCCACAGAAGGGGCCACCGCCACCCUGCGGUGUGAGCUGAGCAAAGAGGCCCCUGUGGAGUGGAGAAAAGGAACAGAGAUCCUCAGAGAUGGGAACAGAUACAAGCUGAGGCAGGAUGCGGCCGUGUGUGAGCUGCAGAUCUGUGGCCUGACCACUGGCGAUGCUGGAGAAUACUCAUGCGUGUGUGGGCAGGAGAAGACUUCGGCCACAUUGACUGUCAGGGCCCUCCCUGCCAGGUUUGUAGAAGACGUGAUGAGUCAGGAGGCCCUGGAAGGGGCCACAGCCACGCUGCGAUGUGAGCUGAGCAAGGCGGCCCCUGUGGAGUGGAGGAAGGGAACAGAGAUCCUGAGAGAUGGGGACAGAUACAGCCUGAGGCAGGACGGGACCGUGUGUGAGCUGCAGAUCUGUGCCCUGGCCAUGGCAGACGCCGGGGAGUACUCGUGCGUGUGUGGGCAGGAGAGGACCUUGGCCACGCUGACUGUGGAUGCCCAGCCCACGCGGUUCACAGAAGAACUGAAGCCCCUGGAAGCUGUGGAAGGGGCCACGGCCACUCUUCAGUUUCAGCUGAGCAAGGAAGCCCCUGUGGAGUGGAAGAGGGGCUCAGAGACCCUCAGAGAUGGAGCCAGAUACAAGCUGCAGCAGGAGGGGGUCACGUGUGCGCUGCACAUCUGCAGCGCAGCCGUGUCGGAUGCGGGAGAGUAUGCGUGUGUGUGCGGCGAAGAGAAGACCGUGGCCACGCUGGCUGUCAAGGCCCUGCCGGCCAAAUUCACUGAAGAUCUGAGGAGUAAAGAGGCCACAGAAGGGGCCACCGCCACCCUGCGGUGUGAGCUGAGCAAAGAGGCCCCUGUGGAGUGGAGAAAAGGAACAGAGAUCCUCAGAGAUGGGAACAGAUACAAGCUGAGGCAGGAUGCGGCCGUGUGUGAGCUGCAGAUCUGUGGCCUGACCACUGGCGAUGCUGGAGAAUACUCAUGCGUGUGUGGGCAGGAGAAGACUUCGGCCACAUUGACUGUCAGGGCCCUCCCUGCCAGGUUUGUAGAAGACGUGAUGAGUCAGGAGGCCCUGGAAGGGGCCACAGCCACGCUGCGAUGUGAGCUGAGCAAGGCGGCCCCUGUGGAGUGGAGGAAGGGAACAGAGAUCCUGAGAGAUGGGGACAGAUACAGCCUGAGGCAGGACGGGACCGUGUGUGAGCUGCAGAUCUGUGCCCUGGCCAUGGCAGACGCCGGGGAGUACUCGUGCAUGUGUGGGCAGGAGAGGACCUUGGCCACGCUGACAGUUAAGGCCCCACAAGUGGUGUUCCGGCAGCUGCUGCACAAUCUGCAGGCAGAGGAGGGUUCCACCACCUGCCUGCGGUGUGAGCUGUCCACACCCGAUGCUGCCGUCGUCUGGAGUAAGAGUGGCCUGGAGCUGCAGGCUGACGAACGCCGGGAACUACAGCGGAGGGGAUGCGUGGCGGAGCUGGUGCUGCGGGAUGUGCGCCGUGAGGAUGCGGGAGAAUACAGCUGCACCUGUGGCUCCCAGGCCACGAGUGCCACGCUUAUGGUCACACCUGCUCCUGUGAAGUUCCUCCAGGAGCUGCAGGCCCAGGAAGUGGACGAGGGGGGCACUGCCCACCUGCACUGCCAGCUGAGCCAGGCGGGCCUGAGUGUGGAGUGGCGCAAGGGCUCCCUGCAGCUUUUCCCUUGCACCAAGUACCAGAUGGUGCAGGAGGGCCUGGUUGCAAAGCUGCUGGUGCGUGGGGCGGAGCAGGAGGAUGCCGGCGACUACACCUGUGACGCAGGCCACGUGCAGAGCACAGCCAGGCUGUCAGUCCGUGCUCCCAAGCCCAAGUUCAAAACUGGGCUGCAGAGCACGGAGCAGGAGGCAGGUGGCGUGGCCCGACUAUGUUGCCAACUGAGUGAAGCUGAGCCAGGAGCCCUGGUGCAGUGGCUCAAGGAGGGUGUGCAGCUGCAUGUCAGCCCCAAGUAUGAGAUUCGUUGCCAAGGGACCACAUGUGAGCUGCUGAUCCACGGGCUGGAGGCCAAGGACACUGGCGAGUACGCCUGUGUAGUAGGAGGCCAAAAAACCUUGGCAUCUCUCAGAGUCAAAGAGCCUGAGGUGACCAUUGUGCGGGGACUGGUUGACGUUGAUGUGCAGGCUGAUGAAGAUGUGGAGUUCAGCUGCGAGGUGUCACGGGCGGGGGCCGCAGAUGUGCAGUGGCGCCUCCAGGGCUUGCCACUGCAGAGCAACGAGGUGACCGAGGUGGCUGUCCUUCCGGAUGGCCGCACUCACACACUCCAGCUGAAGGGUGUGACAUUGGAGGACACUGGAACCGUCUCCUUCCACGUGGGCAGCCACUCGUCUUCUGCUCAGCUUACAGUCCGAGUUCCCGAGGUGACCAUCCUGGAGCCCCUGCAGGACGUGCAGCUCAGUGAGGGCCAGGAUGCCCACUUCCAGUGCCGCCUGUCCAGGGCCUCAGGCCAGGAGGCCCGCUGGGCGUUGGGAGGGGUGCCCUUGCAGGCCAACGAGAUGAAUGACAUUACCGUGAAGCAGGGCACGCUUCACUUGCUCACGCUGCACAAGGUAACCCUUGAGGAUGCUGGAACCAUCAGUCUCCAAGUGGGUUCAUGCUCCUCAGAAGCCCAGCUGAAGGUCACAGCCAAGAACACAGUGGUUCGUGGCCUGGAGAAUGUGGAUGCCCUCGAGGGUGGCGAGGCUUUGUUUGAGUGCCAGCUGUCCCGGCCAGAGGUGGCCGCCCACACCUGGCUGCUGGAUGAUGAGCCAGUGCACACCUCGGAAAACGUGGAGAUGGUCUACUUCGAGAAUGGACUGCGGCAUCUGCUGCUGCUAAAAAACCUGCGGCCACAGGACAGCUGCCGGGUGACCUUCCUAGCCGGAGACGUGGUCACAUCUGCGUUUCUCACUGUCAGAGGUCUCCCUGACCCCCCAGAGGACGCUGAAGUGGUGGGUCGUAGCGGCCGCUCUGUGACCUUGUCCUGGGUGGCUCCCACGAGCGAUGGUGGCGGCGGUCUGUGUGGCUACCAGGUGGAAAUGAAGGAGAGCUCCACGGGCCAGUGGCGGUUGUGCCAUGAGCUGGUGCCCGGGCCGGAGUGUGUGGUGGAUGGCCUGGUCCCCGGGGAGACUUACCGCUUCCGAGUGGCAGCUGUGGGCCCAGCGGGUGCCGGUGAACCCGUGCACCUGCCCCAGAUGGUCAGGCUGGGUGAGUCACCUGCGCCUUCCCCAGCCGCAGCUGCAGCUGCAGCCAUUGUCCCCGAACGACGGCAGGCGGUGACCGGUGAGGAUGUGUGUCUGGAGUUCGAGGUGGCGGCUGAGGCUGGCGAGGUCAUCUGGCACAAAGGGACAGAACGCAUCCAGCCUGGUGGGCGCUUCGAGGUCCUCUCUCGGGGUCAGCGGCGGACACUGGUGAUCAAGGGCUUCAGGAGUGAAGACCAGGGCGAGUACCGCUGUGGACCAGCCCGGGGCCCACCCUUCGCUGGAGCUGCCACCUUCCAGGUGGUGCUGGCCUCUGGCACUGAGAACGAGGCCUCCACACAACCCAGUCUGCCCCCUGAGGCGGCCCAGGAGGGCGACCUGCAUCUGCUCUGGGAGGCCCUGGCCCGGAAGCGCCGCAUGAGCCGGGAGCCCACCCUGGACUCCAUCAGUGAGCUGCCUGAGGAAGACGGCCGCGUGCAGCGCCUGCGGCAGGAGGCGGAAGAGACAGCCCCUGACCUCUCCGAGGGCUACUCCACGGCCGAUGAGCUGGCACGUACGGGAGAAGCUGACCUGUCACACACCAGCUCUGAUGACGAGUCCCGGGCGGGCACCCCUUCCCUGAUUACCUACCUCAAGAAGAAGGCCGGGAAACCUGGGGUCUCACCCUUGACCAACAAGCCUGGUACCCCGCCAGUCCCCGCUGUAAAGCCACAGAAGCAGCCAGAGCAACCAGCCCCUGUGCGCCAGCCACCGGGAGACUUGAGCGCUGAGGACCUAGCUGACCCCUCCCUGGACAAGGCAGCCAUCAAGAUCCAGGCUGCCUUUAAGGGCUACAAGGUGCGAAAGGAAAUAAAGCAGCAGGAAGGGCCCGUGUUCUCUCGCACGUUUGGGGACACCGAGGCACAGGUGGGAGAUGCCCUGCGGUUGGAGUGUGUGGUGGCCAGCAAGGCAGAUGUACGGGCCUGCUGGCUGAAGGAUGGCGUGGAGCUGACCGAUGGGCGGCACUACCACAUUGACCAGCUCGGGGAUGGCACCUGUUCUCUGCUGGUCACCGGCCUGGGCCGUGCUGACACUGGACGCUACACCUGUCAGGUGAGCACCAAGUUUGGCCGCGUGAGCCACAGUGCCUGCGUGGUGGUCAGUGGGACAGAAAGUGAGGCUGAGAGCUCCUCGGGGGGCGAGCUGGACGACGCGUUCCGCCGGGCUGCCCGGCGCCUGCACCGGCUCUUCCGCACCAAGAGCCCGGCAGAACUUUCAGAGGAGGAGCUCUUCCUCAGUGCAGACGAGGGCCCUGUGGAGCCAGAGGAGCCUGCAGACUGGCAGACCUACAGGGAGGACGAGAACUUCAUUCGCAUCCGUUUUGAGGCACUCGAGGAGGCCCGCCGGGCAGUCACCUGCUUCCAGGAGAUGUUCACCAACAUGGGCAUUGGGGUAGAGAUCAGCCUCGGGGAGCCCGGGCCCCGGGGGGUGGAGAUGCGCAUUGGCAAGGUGGCCUCUGUCCCAACCCCUGCGGUGACAAUGGAGCCUGCAUCCAGCCUGCUGACUGCUGAUGCUGCCCCAGUGUUCCUGACGGAGCUGCAGAACCAGGAGGUGCAGGAUGGCUACCCUGUGAGCUUCGACUGCGUGGUGACAGGGCAGCCUGUGCCCAACGUGCGCUGGUUCAAGGACGGAAAGUUACUGGAGGAGGACGAUCACUACAUGAUCAAUGAGGACCAGCAGGGUGGCCACCAGCUCAUCAUCACAGCCGUGGUGCCGGCGGACAUGGGAGUCUACCGCUGCCUGGCCGAGAACAGCGUCGGCGUUUCCUCCACCAAGGCUGAGCUCCGCGUGGAGUUGACAAGCACGGACUAUGACACUGCAGCAGACGCCACUGAAACCUCAUCAUACUUCAGUGCCCAGGGAUACCUGUCCAGCCGGGAGCAAGAAGGAACGGAGUCAGAUGAGGGGCAGCUGCCCCAGGCGGUGGAGGGGCUGAAAGACCUCCAGGUGGCCCCUGGCACACGGCUGGCCAAAUUCCAGCUCAAAGUAAAAGGCUACCCAGCCCCCAGACUAUACUGGUUCAAAGACGGCAAGCCCCUGACCACAUCCGACCACAUCCGUAUGACCGACAAGAAGACCCUGCACACCCUGGAGAUCAUUUCUGUCACCCGGGAGGACAGCGGCCAGUAUGCAGCUUACAUCAGCAACGCAGUGGGUGCUGCCUACUCAUCUGCUCGGCUCCUGGUCCGAGGUCCCAACGAACCAGAAGAGAAGCCAGCAUCAGAUGUGCACGAGCAGCUGGUGCCACCCCGGAUCCUGGAGCGGUUUACCUCCAAGAAAGUGAAAAAGGGAUCCAGCGUCACAUUUUCAGUAAAAGUCGAAGGAUACCCAGCCCCUACUGUGCACUGGCUCAAGGAGGAGCCAGAGAAGGGCGUGCUGUGGAUCGGCCCCAAUACACCAGGCUACACCAUGGCCAGCUCUGCCCAGCAGCACAGCCUGGUCCUGCUUGAUGUAGGCCGGCAGCACCGAGGCACCUACACGUGUAUCGCCACCAAUUCGGCCGGCCAGGCCCUUUGCUCUGGCAGCCUGCAUAUCUCAGGCUUGCCGAAGGAGGAGGAGCAGGAGAGAGUGAAGGAGGUCCUCAUUUCCACCUUCCUGCAGGGGACAACCCAAGGUGUCUCAGCCCAGGUGUCAGAAUCUGCGAGUUUUGUUGACCUUGCCGGACAGAGGAAAGGGGAGUCCAUGGUGGCCGAGGAGGCCCGCAGCCACCUGUCCCUCUCUGAGGUGGGCACAGAAGAAUUCCUGGAGAAGCUCACCUCCCAGAUCACUGAGAUGGUGUCAGCCAAGAUCACACAGACCAAGCUCCAGGUGCCUGGAGGUGACAGUGAUGAAGAGACCAAGACACCAUCUGCUUCUCCACGCCAUGGCCGGUCACGCCCUUCUUCCAGUGUCCAAGAGUCCUCAUCAGAGUCUGAGGAUGGAGACUCUCGCGGUGAGAUCUUUGACAUCUACGUGGUCACAGCUGACUACCUGCCCCUGGGGGCCGAGCCAGAGGCCAUCACGCUGCGAGAAGGCCAGUAUGUGGAGGUCCUGGACUCAGCCCACCCCCUUCGCUGGCUUGUGCGCACCAAGCCCACCAAAUCCAGCCCCUCCAGGCAGGGCUGGGUGUCACCUGCCUACCUGGAUAAGAGGCUGAAGCUGUCACCUGAGUGGGGGCCCACUGAGGCCUCAGAGUUUCCCGGGGAGACCAUGUCUGAGGAUGAGUACAGGAUGAAGCUAAGCUCCGUCAUCCAGGAGCUGCUGAGCUCGGAGCAGGCCUUCGUGGGUGAGCUGCAGUUCCUGGAGAGACACCACAUGCAGCACCUGGAGCGCUGCCCCCGUGUGCCCCCGGCUGUGGCCAGCCAGAAGACGGCCAUCUUCCGUAACGUGCAGGACAUCAGCCACUUCCACAGCAGCUUCUUGAAGGAAUUGCAGUCCUGUGACACGGAUGACGAUGUGGCCAUGUGCUUCAUCAAGAACCAGGAAGCCUUUGAGAAAUACCUCGAGUUCCUCGUGGGCCGUGUGCAAGCAGAGUCGGUGGUUGUCAGCACCCCCGUCCAGGAGUUCUACAAGAAAUACACAGAAGAGACACUGUCAGCCAGGGACCCCUCGCGGCCACCCCCACCACCCCUUCAGCACUACCUGGAGCAGCCAGUGGAGCGGAUCCAGAAGUACCAGACCCUGCUGAAGGAGCUGAUCCGUAACAAGGCCCGAAAUGGACAGAACUGCACGCUGCUAGAACAGGCCUAUGCAGUGGUGUCUGCCUUGCCCCAGCGCGCCGAAAACAAGCUGCACGUGUCCCUCAUGGAGAACUAUCCAGGCACCUUGGAGGCCCUGGGAGAGCCCAUCCGCCAGGGCCACUUCAUCGUGUGGGAGGGGGCACCAGGGGCCCGAAUGCCCUGGAAAGGCCACAACCGCCACGUCUUCCUCUUCCGCAACCACCUAGUGAUCUGUAAGCCUCGGCGAGACUCUCGCACCGAUGCCUUCAGCUAUGUGUUCCGGAACAUGAUGAAGCUGAGCAGCAUCGACCUGAAUGACCAGGUCGAGGGGGACGACCGUGCCUUCGAGGUGUGGCAUGAGCGGGAGGACUCGGUGCGGAAGUAUCUGCUGCAGGCUCGAACCGUCAUCAUCAAAAACUCGUGGGUGAAGGAGAUCUGCAGCAUUCAGCAGCGCCUGGCCCUGCCUGUGUGGCAUGCCCCGGAUUUUGAAGAGGAACUGGCUGAUUGCACAGCUGAGCUAGGAGAAACAGUCAAGCUGGCAUGCCGUGUGACUGGCACACCUAAGCCCGUUGUCAGCUGGUACAAAGAUGGGAAGCCAGUGGAGGUAGACCCUCACCACAUCCUCAUUGAAGACCCCGAUGGCUCGUGCGCCCUCAUCUUGGACAACCUGACUGGCGUGGACUCUGGCCAGUAUAUGUGCUUCGCAGCCAGCGCUGCCGGCAAUGCCAGCACCCUGGGGAAGAUUCUGGUGCAAGUGCCCCCACGGUUUGUGAACAAGGUCCGGGCCACACCCUUCGUGGAGGGAGAAGACGCACAGAUCACCUGCACCGUGGAAGGAGCCCCAUAUCCCCAGAUCAGGUGGUACAAGGAUGGCACCCCACUGACCCCUGGCAGCAAGUACGGCAUGCUGAGUGAGGCCCGCAGUGGUAUGCUGGUGCUGGUGGUCCGGGCAGCCAGCAAGGAGGACCUAGGGUACUAUGAGUGUGAGUUGGUGAACCGCCUGGGCUCAGCGCGAGGUGGGGGAGAGCUGUACAUGCAGAGCCCUGCGCUGCGCCCCCGGGACCAGCCCCGCAGGGAGCAGCUUAUGGCUGCGGUGGAAGAGGCCCCAUCCAUGCAGGUUACCAUUGAGGAUGUACAAGUUCAAGUAGGCAACACAGCACGGUUUGAGGCUGUCAUCGAGGGUAACCCACAGCCCACAGUGACGUGGUACAAGGACAACGACCAGCUGAAGGACAGCGCCCGACUGAGCCAGCAGCAGGACGGUACCACAUACUCCCUGGUGCUGAGGGACGUGGCUCAGCACGAUGCUGGUGUCUACACCUGUCUUGCCCGCAAUGUGGGUGGACAGGUGCUCUGCAAGGCAGAGCUGCUGGUCCAUGGGGGUGACAAGCAAGACUCAGAAAAGCAAGCAUACCGGAGGAAGCUGCAUUCCUUCUAUGAGGUCCAAGAAGAGAUUGGGAGGGGCGUGUUUGGCUUUGUGAAGAGGGUUCAGCACAAAGGAAACAAGAUGUCCUAUGCUGCCAAGUUCAUCCCCCUGCGGAGCAAAACUCGGGCCCAGGCAUACCAGGAACGAGACAUUCUGGCUACACUCAGCCACCCGCUGAUCACUGGGCUCCUGGACCAGUUUGAGACCCGGAAGACUCUCAUCCUCAUCUUGGAACUUUGUUCAUCUGAAGAGCUGCUGGAUCGCCUCUUCAAGAAGGGCGUGGUGACUGAGGCUGAGGUCAAGGUCUACGUCCAGCAGCUGGUGGAAGGCCUGCACUAUUUGCACAGCCGUGGUGUUCUCCACCUGGACAUAAAGCCUCCCAACAUCCUGAUGGUGCACCCUGCUCGGGAAGACAUUAAGAUCUGUGACUUUGGCUUUGCCCAAAAAAUCACCCCUUUGGAGCCACAGUACAGCAAGUAUGGCUCACCUGAGUUUGUGUCCCCAGAGAUCAUUGAGCAGCGUCCCGUGAGCGAGGGAUCCGAUAUCUGGGCCGUGGGUGUCAUUGCCUACCUCAGCCUGACCUGCUCAUCCCCGUUUGCGGGAGAGAGUGACCGUGCCACUCUGCUGAAUGUUCUGGAGGGGCGAGUGUCCUGGGGUAGCCCUGUGGCCACCCACCUGAGUGAGGACGCCAAGGACUUCAUCAAGGCCACACUGCAGAAGGCCCCUGAGGUCAGGCCCAGGACCUCCCAAUGCCUUGCCCACCCCUGGUUCCUGAAGUCCAUGCCAGCUGAGGAAGCCCAUUUUAUUAACACCAAGCAGCUCAAGUUCCUUCUGGCUCGAAGUCGCUGGCAGCGCUCCCUGAUGAGCUACAAAUCCAUCCUGGUGAUGCGUUCCAUCCCUGAGCUGUUCCAGGGCCCGCCAGACAGCCCAUCCCUCGGAGUGGCCCGGCACCUGCGAGGGGACGCCAGCCGCUCCUCCAGCUCCGAGUCUUCCUCAGACAACGAACUCACCCCAUUUGCCCGAGCAAAGUCCCUGCCACCCUCUCCAGUGACCCACUCCCCACUGCUGCACCCCCGGGGCUUCCUGCGACCCUCGGCCAGCCUUCCGGAGGAGACAGAGGCCUGCACGCCCACCACAGAUGCAGCCCCGCCAGAGCCCGCACAGGCCGCUGGACCUCCAGCAUCCCCUGGCAGCGUGCCCAGGCAUAGUGUCAUCAGCAGCCUGUUCUAUCAGCAGGCAGGAGAGGGCUCAGAGCGUGGUGGCAAAGGCAGGCGGCACCCAGCCCGGCGCCGGCACCUGCUAAAGGGUGGGUACAUCGCGAGGGCUCUUCCGGGCCUGCGCGAACCACUGAUGGAGCACCAAGUGUUGGAGGAGGAGGAGGCCGAUAAGGAGGAGCAGGCCUUGCUCAUGAGCAAGACACCCUCGUUUGAGACUGCCCUGAGGCUGCCCAGCUCCAGUGCCCGAAAAGACCUUGACACCUCAGGCCGCAGCCGCUCCCUGGAGCACGACCCUCCAAGCACCACCAGCCCCUCCCAGGAGGUCUGCCAGGGACAGUGCCCACUGCCAGGCCCCUCAGGGGUGGUUCUUGAAUCCUCUCCCAGGACCCUGGAGCACCCAGAAGGGUCCUUGCAAGGGGCCAUGCUAUUUUCAUCUACUAGUGGUGUCUUGGGACCUGCUCAGCAAGACAGGUCACCUCAGCCCAGAUGUCCCGGGAAGCCAGCCCUUCCCUGUCAUCCUGGGCUAGGUUCUGCUCCCCAAGAAGGCUGUGGUCCCCUGUCACCAAAACCGUCUGGCUCUUUGCCUCCAGGGUCAUUCAAGGAAACCCUUUUGGCGCCCCAAAGUUCCUGUCUCUCAGGAGUGCCCCAGGCAGCCCCAGCAGCUCCCCUGCCAGGCUCUAAGAAGAGCCCUGAGGGCAUCUUUCCACCUGGGAGGACCCAGCCUGGACCCUCCAGUUCCCCAAGGCCAGACUCCAAGAUGGGCCCCUCUCUGGAUGCCGAGGACUUGUCUCAGGAAGCAAAGGAUGCAGCUGACUUCACACCCCCCCUGCCACGGCCUCAGGAGCAGGCGACCACCCGGAAGUUCUCCCUGGAAUCCCGUGGGGGCUACGCAGGGGUAGCGGGCUAUGGGACCUUUGCCUUUGGUGGGGACGCAGGGGGCAUGCUUGGGCAAGGUCCCCUUUGGGCCAGGAUGGCCUGGGCAGUGUCUCAAUCCUCAGAAGAGCAGGAUGAGGCUGAGACUCAGAGUCCUCAGCCCUCGGCCAGCUCCGAGCCAGUACCUGAGGCCAGUAGGACACCCCUGAGGGCCUCCCCAAAUCUGACCUCAUGGCAGGAAGUUGAACAGGUGUCCCUGGUGCAGAUCCGGGACCUGUCCGGUGACUCAGAAGCGGCCGACACCAUCUCCUUGGAUAUUUCAGAGGUGGAUCCCGCCUACCUCAAUCUCUCUGAUCUGUAUGACAUCAAAUACCUCCCCUUUGAGUUCAUGAUUUUCAGGAGGGUGCCUAAACCCAUGGAGCAGCCAGAGUCACCUGGCUCCGAGGCCGAGGCUGGAGAGGGGCUGGCAGAGUUCCUGGAGGAGGCUGCAUGGCCCUGGCCUGGCGAGCUGGGCCUGCGUGCUGGCCUUGAGAUCACAGAGGAGCCGGAGGACCUGGAGGCACUGCUGGGGGAGGCCGCUGUGGGCAGGAAGCGCAAGUGGUCCCCCUCCCGUGGCCUCUUCCAAUUUCCUGGGAGGUGUCUGGCAGGGGAGGAGUCCGUGGAGCUCGGGCUACGCCACAGGGUGAAGGCUUCCAUGGCUCACAUCUCCAGGAUCCUGAAAGGCAGGCCGGAAGGGCCUGAGAAAGAGGAGCCUCCCAGGAAGAAGGCAGGCCUAACCUCCUUCCGGCUGUCAGGCCUGAAGGGCAGAGACCAAGGUGAGCAGGAGCUCUCAGAUGAGUCCGUGGUCCUGGGCCAGUCAGUGACACUGGCCUGUCAGGUGGUGGCCCAGCCAGCUGCCCAGGCCACCUGGAGCAAAGAUGGGACCCUCUUGGAGAGUAGUGGCCACCUCCUCAUCUCCUCCACCCUGAAGAACUUCCAGCUGCUGACCAUCCUGGUGGUGACCGAGGAGGACCUGGGCAUGUACACCUGCAGCGUGAGCAAUCUGCUGGGGACGGCAGUGACUACAGGAGUCCUGCGGAAGGCAGAGCGUCCCUCGUCCUCCCCAUGCCCGAUGGUGGGGGAAAUAUAUGCAGAUGGGGUGCUGCUGGUCUGGAAGCCUGUGGAGUCCUACGGCCCCGUAACCUACAUCGUACAGUGCUGCCUAGAAGGAGGCAGCUGGACCACUCUAGCCUCUGACAUUUCUGACUGCUGCUACCUCGCUAGCAAGCUGUCCCGGGGUGGCGUGUACACCUUCCGAACGGCGUGCGUCAGCAAGGCAGGAAUGGGGCCCUACAGCAGCCCUUCAGAGCAGGUCCUCCUGGGCGGGCCCAGCCACCUCGCCUCUGAGGAGGAGAGUGGACAGGGACGGCCAGCCCAGCCCCUCCCCAGCACAAAAACCUUUGCCUUCCAGAUGCAGAUCCGGAGGGGCCGCUUCAGUGUGGUGCGGCAGUGCAGGGAGAAGGCGACUGGGAGGGCCUUGGCCGCGAAGAUCGUCCCCUACCAGCCUGAGAACAAGACAGCCGUGCUGCGAGAGUAUGAAGCACUUAAGAGACUGCACCACCCGCACCUGGCCCAGCUCCACGCAGCCUACCUCAGCCCCCGGCACCUCGUGCUCAUCCUGGAGCUGUGCUCUGGGCCAGAGCUGCUCCCCUGCCUGGCAGAGAGGGCCUCCUACUCAGAGUCUGAGGUGAAGGACUACCUGUGGCAGAUGCUGAGCGCCACCCAGUAUCUGCAUGCACAACACAUCCUGCACCUCGACCUGAGGUCGGAAAACAUGAUGGUCACCGAGUACAACCUGCUGAAAGUCGUGGACCUGGGCAGCGCUCAGAGCCUCAGCCAGGAGAAGGUUCCACCCCCGGAGCACUUCAAGGACUACCUGGAGACCAUGGCUCCAGAACUCCUGGAAGGCCAAGGGGCCGUCCCCCAGACAGACAUCUGGGGCAUCGGUGUGACCGCCUUCAUCAUGCUCAGUGGCGAGUACCCGGUGAGCAGCGAGGGGACUCGCGACCUGCAGAAAGGCUUGCGCAAAGGCCUCAUCCAGCUGAGCCGUUGCUACGCAGGGCUGUCCGGGGGGGCUGUGGCCUUCCUACAGAGCGCACUGUGCGCCAGACCCUGGGGCCGGCCCUGCGCCUCCAGCUGUCUGCAGUGCCCGUGGCUGACGGAGGAGGGUCCUGCCGGCUCCCGCCUGGCACCCGUGACCUUCCCCACCGCGCGGCUGCGCUCCUUCGUGCGGGAGCGCGAGAAGCGGCGGGCGCUGCUGUACAAGAAGCACAACCUGGCUCAAGUGCGCUGAGC